AUGACUACUGCAUUCGAAACUUCUGCUUUAAAUAACUUUUUGCCGGAUUAUUACAAAAGCAUAUUUCCCUUCAAACCUUAUACGAAAUGGCUAUGUUAUGGUAAAAAAGCAAAUGAGUACUUCAACAGAAGAGAAUUCGCAUUUAUCUUAGAAGGGGAUGUGCACUUGCGUUAUCGUAGUUUUGGCGAAGCUUGCGAGUUUGAGAAAGAGCUAUGCAAAGUCUCUCCGCACAAACUCGACGUAGGAGCUGUUUAUAAUUAUACCCCAAGAGACAAUCGAAGUAGGCAAGAUUUUAAAGCUAUUGAGAGAGAACUCGUUUUCGAUAUUGAUCUUACUGAUUAUGACGUUGUCCGCACAUGUUGCUCGGAAGCCAAAGUGUGUUCCAAAUGUUGGAAGUUCAUAGUAGCAGCUGUAAUCACGUUGGAUAGGGCUUUGAGAGAUGAUUUUGCUUUCCAAGCUAGAAUGUGGGUUUUCUCAGGAAGACGUGGAGUCCAUUGCUGGGUUGGUGAUGAAAAAGCAAGAAAGUUGAAUCAUGCUGGAAGAACAGCUGUGGCAGAAUACCUCUCCCUUGUUAUCGGUGAUAAACUAGGUUUCUCCAUCGCCCCGAAACUCAAAGGACAACCUAAACCUUUGCACCCUUCAGUUUCUAAUGCUUACAGAACACUGAUGGAUGAUGGUUUCAUGGAUGAAAUGGUUAUGGAACAAGAAUGGCUGGAUGGUGACGUGACAAAUAUUCUUGCCAAAAUUAAUGAUAAAAGUUUCCGAGAUCGCAUCGCUCGUGAUUUUGAAGGAUUAUCCGCCAAGCAGAGAUGGAAGUACUUGAAACUUCAAUUCGACUCGGUUGCCAGAGAAAACGCUGUUGAAGAAGGCUGUAAAUUGCCUGAGCUUCCUCCACUAUUCGACAGAUUUUUCUUGGAGUGGUUUGUUCUGUGGCACUGCUACCCAAGACUCGACGUGAAUGUAUCUACUGGUGUUAACCAUUUAUUGAAAUCUCCUUUCUGUAUCCACCCGAAAACAGGUAAUGUAGCUGUUCCUUUGGAUGUGGAGACUAUCAAAGACUUUAAUCUGAAUAGCUGUCCAAGAAUAGAUUUAUUAAUAAAAGAAUUAGCUGAGGAGCUACAGAAUGAAGAUGUGAAGGAGAAUCGCAAGCUUCUGGGAUAUAAGCAUACAUCCUUAGCACCUUAUGUUGAAAACUUUGAAAAAUUUGUUCAUCUGGCUACUAACACGAAAUAA